CCCCUUUUUUAAAGUCGGCUGGUAGCGGGGAGGAUCGCGGAGGCUUGGGGCAGCCGGGUAGCUCGGAGGUCGUGGCGCUGGGGGCUAGCACCAGCGCUCUGUCGGGAGGCGCAGCGGUUAGGUGGACCGGUCAGCGGACUCACCGGCCAGGGCGCUCCGUGCUGGAAUUUGAUAUUCAUUGAUCCGGGUUUUAUCCCUCUUCUUUUUUCUUAAACAUUUUUUAAAAAACUGUAUUGUUUCCCGUUUUAAUUUAUUUUUGUUUGCCAUUCCCCACUUGAAUCGGGCCGACGGCUUGGGGAGAUUGCUCUACUUCCCCAAAUCACUGUGGAUUUUGGAAACCAGCAGAAAGAGGAAAGAGGUAGCAAGAGCUCCAGAGAGAAGUCGAGGAAGAGAGAGACGGGGUCAGAGAGAGCGCGCGGGCGUGCGAGCAGCGAGAGGGACAGGGGCAAAGUGAGUGACCUGCUUUUGGGGGUGACCGCCGGAGCGCGGCGUGAGCCCUCCCCCUUGGGAUCCCGCAGCUGACCAGUCGCGCUGACGGACAGACAGACAGACACCGCCCCCAGCCCCAGCGCCCACCUCCUCCCCGGCCGGCGGCCGACAGUGGACGCGGCGGCGAGCCGCGGGCAGGGGCCGGAGCCCGCGCCCGGAGGCGGGGUGGAGGGGGUCGGGGCUCGCGGCGUCGCACUGAAACUUUUCGUCCAACUUCUGGGCUGUUCUCGCUUCGGAGGAGCCGUGGUCCGCGCGGGGGAAGCCGAGCCGAGCGGAGCCGCGAGAAGUGCUAGCUCGGGCCGGGAGGAGCCGCAGCCGGAGGAGGGGGAGGAGGAAGAAGAGAAGGAAGAGGAGAGGGGGCCGCGGUGGCGACUCGGCGCUCGGAAGCCGGGCUCAUGGACGGGUGAGGCGGCGGUGUGCGCAGACAGUGCUCCAGCCGCGCGCGCGCCCCAGGCCCUGGCCCGGGCCUCGGCCCGGGGAGGAAGAGUAGCUCGCCGAGGCGCCGAGGAGAGCGGGCCGCCCCACAGCCCGAGCCGCAGAGGGAGCGCGAGCCGCGCCGGCCCCGGUCGGGCCUCCGAAACCAUGAACUUUCUGCUGUCUUGGGUGCAUUGGAGCCUUGCCUUGCUGCUCUACCUCCACCAUGCCAAGUGGUCCCAGGCUGCACCCAUGGCAGAAGGAGGAGGGCAGAAUCAUCAUGAAGUGGUGAAGUUCAUGGACGUCUAUCAGCGCAGCUACUGCCAUCCAAUCGAGACCCUGGUGGACAUCUUCCAGGAGUACCCUGAUGAGAUCGAGUACAUCUUCAAGCCAUCCUGUGUGCCCCUGAUGCGAUGCGGGGGCUGCUGCAAUGACGAGGGCCUGGAGUGUGUGCCCACUGAGGAGUCCAACAUCACCAUGCAGAUUAUGCGGAUCAAACCUCACCAAGGCCAGCACAUAGGAGAGAUGAGCUUCCUACAGCACAACAAAUGUGAAUGCAGACCAAAGAAAGAUAGAGCAAGACAAGAAAAAAAAUCAGUUCGAGGAAAGGGAAAGGGGCAAAAACGAAAGCGCAAGAAAUCCCGGUAUAAGUCCUGGAGCGUUCCCUGUGGGCCUUGCUCAGAGCGGAGAAAGCAUUUGUUUGUACAAGAUCCGCAGACGUGUAAAUGUUCCUGCAAAAACACAGACUCACGUUGCAAGGCGAGGCAGCUUGAGUUAAACGAACGUACUUGCAGAUGUGACAAGCCGAGGCGGUGAGCCGGGCAGGAGGAAGGAGCCUCCCUCAGGGUUUCGGGAACCAGAUCUCUCACCAGGAAAGACUGAUACAGAACGAUCGAUACAGAAACCACGCUGCCGCCACCACACCAUCACCAUCGACAGAACAGUCCUUAAUCCAGAAACCUGAAAUGAAGGAAGAGGAGACUGCGCAGAGCACUUUGGGUCCGGAGGGCGAGACUCCGGCAGAAGCAUUCCCGGGCGGGUGACCCAGCACGGUCCCUCUUGGAAUUGGAUUCGCCAUUUUAUUUUUCUUGCUGCUAAAUCACCGAGCCCGGAAGAUUAGAGUUUUAUUUCUGGGAUUCCUGUAGACACACCCACCCACAUACAUACAUUUAUAUAUAUAUAUAUUAUAUAUAUAUAAAAAUAAAUAUCUAUAUUUUAUAUAUAUAAAAUAUAUAUAUUCUUUUUUUAAAUUAACAGUGCUAAUGUUAUUGGUGUCUUCACUGGAUGUAUUUGACUGCUGUGGACUUGAGUUGGGAGGGGAGUGUUCCCACUCAGAUCCUGACAGGGAAGAGGAGGAGACGAGAGACGCUGGCAUGAUCUUUUUUUUUGUCCCACUUGGUGGGGCCAGGGUCCUCUCCCCUGCCCAGGAAUGUGCAAGGCCAGGGCAUGGGGGCAAAUAUGACCCACUUUUGGGAACACCGACAAACCCAGCCCUGGCACUGAGCCUCUACCCCAGGUCAGACGGACAGAAAGACAGAUGACAGGUACAGGGAUGAGGACACUGGCUCUGACUAGGAGUUUGGGGAGCUUCAGGACAUUGCUGUGCUUUGGGGAUUCCCUCCACAUGCUGCAUGCGCAUCUCGCCCCCAGGGGCGCUGCCUGGAAGAUUCAGGAGGCUGGGCGGCCUUCACUUACUCUCACCUGCUUCUGAGUUGCCCAGGAGGCCACUGGCAGAUGUUCCGGCGAAGAGAAGAGACACAUUGUUGGAAGAAGCAGCCCAUGACAGCUCCCCUUCCUGGGACUCGCCCUCAUCCUCUUCCUGCUCCCCUUCCUGGGGUGCAGCCUAAAAGGACCUAUGUCCUCACACCAUUGAAACCACUAGUUCUGUCCCCCCAGGAGACCUGGUUGUGUGUGUGUGAGUGGUUGACCUUCCUCCAUCCCCUGGUCCUUCCCUUCCCUUCCCGAGGCACAGAGAGACAGGGCAGGAUCCACGUGCCCAUUGUGGAGGCAGAGAAAAGAGAAAGUGUUUUAUAUACGGUACUUAUUUAAUAUCCCUUUUUAAUUAGAAAUUAAAACAGUUAAUUUAAUUAAAGAGUAGGGUUUUUUUCAGUAUUCUUGGUUAAUAUUUAAUUUCAACUAUUUAUGAGAUGUAUCUUUUGCUCUCUCUCGCUCUCUUAUUUGUACCGGUUUUUGUAUAUAAAAUUCAUGUUUCCAAUCUCUCUCUCCCUGAUCGGUGACAGUCACUAGCUUAUCUUGAACAGAUAUUUAAUUUUGCUAACACUCAGCUCUGCCCUCCCCGAUCCCCUGGCUCCCCAGCACACAUUCCUUUGAAAUAAGGUUUCAAUAUACAUCUACAUACUAUAUAUAUAUUUGGCAACUUGUAUUUGUGUGUAUAUAUAUAUAUAUAUGUUUAUGUAUAUAUGUGAUUCUGAUAAAAUAGACAUUGCUAUUCUGUUUUUUAUAUGUAAAAACAAAACAAGAAAAAAUAGAGAAUUCUACAUACUAAAUCUCUCUCCUUUUUUAAUUUUAAUAUUUGUUAUCAUUUAUUUAUUGGUGCUACUGUUUAUCCGUAAUAAUUGUGGGGAAAAGAUAUUAACAUCACGUCUUUGUCUCUAGUGCAGUUUUUCGAGAUAUUCCGUAGUACAUAUUUAUUUUUAAACAACGACAAAGAAAUACAGAUAUAUCUUAAAAAAAAAAAAGCAUUUUGUAUUAAAGAAUUUAAUUCUGAUCUCAAA